AUGCACAGCUCGGUCACGAGACGACAUGGUCCGGCUAGUUGCGCACGUAACAGCGAGCAGCGGCGCGACAGUGGCGAGCGGUGGCGAGCGUUAGCGAGUGGCGGGCGAGGCGGGAGCGUGCAGCGACAUGCUAUAGGCCCCUGUCCUUCUUUCCCUUUCCCCCACUCCUUCUAUCCCUUCCCCCCUGUCCUUCCUCCUUUCCUCCAUGUCCUUCCCACCCUUUCCCCCUGUCAUUCUCUCCCUUUCCCCUUAGUCCUUCCCUCCCUUUCAUCGUUUUCGUUCCUCCUGAUGCUUAAUCCUCCCCCCUGUUCUUUCUUCCCUGUCCCCCUAUCCUUCCCUCCCCUUCUUCUCCCUCCCUCCUUUCCCCUCUCCCAACCCACUGCUUCGCCCUGCUCUCAUCCGUCCCCUUGCCCCCAUUCGUCCCUUUUCCCCCACUACCGUCGCUGCUUUUCCUGCUCAUUUCCCCCUUUCCUGAACCCUUCCUUUUCCUCUCUCACAUCCCUUCCCGGCAUUCCCCCCUGCCACCAUCCCCCAUGGCACAUCCUCCUAUGCCACACCUUCAGUUUCACGCCUCCCCAUUCCCGAACUCCCCUUGUCCGUCGGUCCCUUGGCGUCUUGCCCUUCCCUGCAGGCAGCAAAGGCGCGACGGUAGCAAGCGGCUCGCUCUCACUGUCUCUCCACCACCAAUCCUCCUCUCCCCCACUCCCGCCGUCCCUCCUUUCCCCCAUUACCAUUCAAACCUUCCCCCCGUCCCCGUCCCUCCUUCCAUCGGUGUCCGUCCCUCCUUCCCCCACCAUCCACCCUUUACCCUACCCUUUCCCACCAUUCACCCCUCUCCCGGCCAUCCCUUUCCCCCCUCUCCUGUCCCUCCCCAUUCCCCUCAUCCGACCCUUCCCUUUCCACUAUGACCCCACGGUGGCAGGCGUGACGACAUCCAACCCUCUGCUCCACCGCUCCCAACUCCACUGCAUCCCUUCACCCACCCCGCUGCUUCCCUUCACCCACCCAACUACUUCCCUUCACCCACCCCAUCACUUUGUGUCGUCGCGCACCCCACUGUUUCUGCCAACCCUCCAUUCAAUUUCCCCAUCAAACAUUUUUCACUUCUUCGGCUGGUGUCCUUCCCUACCCCCCUCCCCCCCUGCUAUCGGUGGACAGCUGCAUCAAUAA